AGUGAUGUGACCUUCUCUCCGACCGCAGAACUGAUCUACAGGCCGGUGAUAGCAGCUGAAGGAUAACUGUCCCUGUCUCGCGGAAUUUUAAGCAAUCAGACUGUAAUCAAAGGUCAUCAUGGGAGACAUCGGAAAGGGUAAGAAGGCUUUUGUCCAGAAGUGCGCUCAAUGCCACACCGUGGAGGAGGGGGGCAAACACAAAGUGGGGCCCAACCUUUGGGGGCUGUUUGGGCGCAAGACGGGCCAGGCUGAGGGCUACUCGUACACUGACGCCAACAAGAGUAAAGGCAUCACCUGGGAGACCGAUACCUUGUUGGAGUAUCUGGAGAAUCCCAAGAAAUACAUUCCCGGAACCAAGAUGAUCUUCGCUGGCAUCAAGAAGAAGGGUGAACGGCAGGACCUGGUGUCUUACCUCAAAUCUGCCACGUCAUAAAACCACCUGAUGACUCAUUAUUUAAGUUCAAUGUGAUUUUAGUACUGCGUUUGCUGUUCUUUUUUUUCUUUCUUGAGAAUCUGUACAUCAGUAAUUAACAAUAAUCAAUCUUUAUUGGCCAGAAUGACUUCCUCCAGUCAUGGCAUGUAGGGGCAACCAUCUAACUCAUAACAUGUUCAAAAUGGACCCCUGAUUCAGCAGAGAUGCUGCAUCCGUCCUAUUGAUCAGCAUCCUCCAUGUUGGAUCAGUUAGCUGGGAUAAAAGAUGGUUGUGGUGGUAACUGAAGGUUGAGGUCUGUUUCUUGGAAGAAUGGACACUGUAUUCCCUGGUUUAACAGGAACUGUUGAGAGUUUAACUUAUUUGACUACUGAUGGAGCCGGUCCUAUUCCACUACUGGCUUUGGGACCCGCAGUGGUAUGUACAAAAAUGGUAGCUAUGGUAUCUGAAAAAAGAGAGAAAUAAAGUUGUGAAUUAU